CUUAUCAUUCAUUGGAUAGUAAGGAGGAAGUAGCCGGAUGUUGCGAUGUUAGCUUGAUUAGCUAAAUCUCAGUAGAAAUCUUUUAAAAAUAAAUACGUAAUUUAUGUCAUAGACUGUUCUCCAACGUUUUCUGAUGAUAUGGGUUCUAUAUGUUUUUGUACCACGGAUUAUUUCUCCCCGGAAAUUCUUGUCCAUCAGGUAAUUAGUCAUUAGCAAAGUAAACGGACUGUUAGCCACGGUGGAGCUAAUGUGGCUAACAGCAGGGAGUUGGUGUUUUUGACGUUUAAGCUCUUAAAAGUUAAUGGUUUAGUGCUACAAGAUGAGCGUACAGUCGCGUUUGUGAGACUCUGUGGUGAAGACCUCAUCUAAUGCUUGUUCAUCUGAGGACCGAGAGACUGAGGAGUUUUAGAGAGGACACGGAGCUUCUGGCCAAGAAAAUGUGAAGGUUUCCAACCAGGAUUGUGAGAAGGAGAAUCCUAGGUGUACAGAGGAUGUCUGAGAUGAUGAAGGUUGAAGCAGAGGAGCCUGGACUCAGUUUCCUGUCCCCAAUAUCUGCAGCAUCCACAUCAGAACCAGAGCAGAAUCAAGACAGCAAAGAUCUCAACCUUCACAUUGUGGUGGUUAAAGAGGAACAUUGUGGUCUAUGGAGCUCCAUCUCAAGCCAGCAGGAGCCAGAAACCCCCCACAUAAAGGAGGAAGAGGAGGAACUGUGGAUCGGUCAGGAGGAAGAGCAGCUUAAUGUGAAGAGUGAAGAUGAAGUGAACCCUCAGUUAUCAGAGCUUCAUCAGAUCAAAACUGAAGACAACAGAGAUACAGAGGCUCCAACCAGCAGCUCAGCUGACCAGAAGGAAACUCAUGUAGAGGAUUGCAGAGGACCAGAACUAGAUGGGACCCCAGAACCAGAGUGUUCUCCUCAACAAAGUAAGAUGACGGUUCACAAAAGUGGUAAAAGAUCUAAACCGAGUUCCAAGCAUAAGAAUCAGGCUGGAGUCCAUGCAGGAGAAAGGCCAUUUGGUUGCAGUGUUUGUGACAAAAGAUUCAAAUGUAGGAUUCAUGUCGAUUUUCACAUGAAGACUCACACUGCAAAGAGAGAGCACAACUGUGAUUUCUGUGGUAAAGGAUUUCAAGAUGACCAUUCGCUACAGACACACGUGAGAGUCCACACUGGAGAGAAGCCGUUUGCCUGUGAUGACUGUGGUAAAAGGUUUCAUGCAAAGAAUAUUCUUAAUAGUCACAUGCAAGUCCAUUCAGAAGAAACAUUUCCCUGUGAUGUUUGUGGCACAACGUUUAAAAGAAAAGAGAGUCUGAAAAAGCACAUGUGGACCCACACGUCACAGAGACCCUUUGUCUGUAGUGUUUGCAGUAAAGGGUUUUUAAAACAAGAUCAUCUAAAGGGCCAUAUGCGUGUUCACACAGGGAGAGAAAUCAUUCAUCUGUAGUUUCUGUAGCAAAGGAUUUUCACUGCAGCACAACCUAAAAAGGCACAUGCUUGUUCACACAGGAGAAAAACCAUUGGUUUGUACUGUUUGCAGUAAAGGGUUUUCACAACAUUUAGAUCUGAAGCGACACAUGCGUGUUCACACGGGGGAGAAACCCUUUAUAUGUAGUGUUUGCGGUAAAGAAUUUUCAAACCCUGGAGGUCUGAAAAAGCAUAUGAACUUUCACACUGCACCGUUUAGCUGUAGCGACUGUAGUAAACAUUUUGUGGACGAAAUGCAGCUUGAGCGACAUGCGAGAGUUCACAUAGAGGAGAGGCCAUUUGCUUGUAAUGUCUGUAAAAGCAGAUUUAACCAUAAAUGUCAUCUUAAAAAGCACAUGAGAGUCCAUUCUGGGGAGAAACCGUUUACUUGUGAUGUUUGCAGUAAGGGAUUUACGUUGCAAGAGAAUCUGAAGAGACACAUGCGCAUUCACACAAAGGAG